UAUAAAUAGGCAAGCAAAUAUUUACUUUUACAUUCAGUGCCCAAACGCAAGUACAGCAUCAUGGUAAAAUCUAUUCUUCGCUUAACUAACGGACCAGCGUUAUUGUGCAUCUUUGUGGCACUUAUCAGUGUUGUGCAGGCACUUUGGUCUAAAUUUGAGUUGAUAUCAGUUGAAAAUUCAAAAUCUGGGAUUUUUGUCACAAAACUAAAGGUAGAAUCUUACAACAAAACAGCAUAUUUAAUUAGUGGAACCAUAGACCAAGCAGCAGAUUUAAACGAUGAUUAUGACUGUGAAGUGAAAAUAUACCAUAGUUCCAAGAAUAAUGAUGACUACAAGCAAUUGGCGAUUAAAGUUUCCCGAGAAGGUGUUUGCGAAGUUUUUGAAACUUCGUAUUGGAAAGGAAUCGAGAAGGACUUUCAAGCCAGUUCAAAUAUACCGACACGUGUCGAAGAUGAAAAAUAUUGUUUGACUUUGAAAAAGACUACCUAUGAAAUGGACGAUUUCGCUUUCAACUACAACAUUAUUCCGAAGGUUCUGGAUGUCGGUACAUAUAAAGUUGAAAUCAUAAUCUAUAAGAAAGGAUCGCCGGACGUGUCUUCCAUGGCUGUAUUCGUAGCGAAACUAUUCUGAAAAUGCUUAUCUUCUUAAAAGAGCUGUAAAAACAUUGUAUCUACACAAGAAAUCAAGAAAAAUAAAGUUUAAUCGUAGGAAAAAUUAAAAUGGUCGAUGAAAACGAAG